UUUCACAAGAAACCCGUGAGGACAUUGGUGACAGGUCACUGCCUUCAGGCAACAGUAUGGGGCACAAUCCAGAAGGUGACACCACAGAUAGAAGACCAAGACGUUGGGGUAUUUACCGAAGGAGAUAUAACAAUGUGUCUGAACAAGUAAGUUCUGGCAUUCAUCCUUCAUCCCACAAGCAACAAGAUGGAGAUUCAGCAACAAGUGAUGCUCACAUGGACAACCGAGUAAGAUAUGCUCCCUAUACCAUUCCACGCUAUCAUUGGAGAGGCAAUUUUCAGGAUCGAGUCCAAACCCAUAUUAACAAGGAAAGAGAGCAAAAUUCUCCAGAGACAAAAAUGGAGAAGAAGCAGGAUGAGACAUCAGGAAGCUGGUUCAAGAUCACAAUUCCAUUCGGCAUAAAAUAUGAUGAGAAGUGGCUGCUGAAUUUGAUUCAGAAGCAAUGCAGCACCCCCUUUACUCCAGUCGAAUUUCACUAUGAGAAAAUGCAGGCCCACUUCUUCGUUGAGAAUGCCAGUAUUGCCUUUGCAUUGAAGAAUGUUAGUGGCAAUAUUUACGAUAAGAAUAAUGAGAAGAUAUCUAUCUUUGUCAUCCCCUCUAAUGCACCCCAGGCUGGGCAGAAGGAGCUGAAGUCAGAAAAGGAGGAUCAGAUAAAGAUGAAGUCAGCAGAGGAAUUGGACCAGGGAAAAAGGCUGGAGCCAGAAGACAUGAAUGCAAAAAGAAACCCCUUAUGCACCACCUUACCAGAUAAUUCAACCAACAUAAGCUCCAUCCUGGAAUUGUUCCCCAAAUUAUUAUGCCUGGAUGGCCAGGAGCCACCCCCACCAACUAAUUUUGCGAUUGAAGCCCACAAGAAUGUGCCAUCCUGCAAGGGAAGUUUCUUUGGAUCUGACCCACUGAAGAGUCUAGUCUUGCAAUUUCUGCAGCAGUAUUACUCUAUCUAUGACUCUGGAGACCGGCACUGUCUCCUCUGUACUUACCAUGACAAGGCCUGCUUCUCCCUGACCAUUUCUUUCAACCCCAAGGACCCAGCCCCAAGCAGCUUGUUUGAGUACUUCAAGGAUAACAGGAAUAUGAAGAACCUCCAGGACCCCAACCUGCAUUUUCAGCUGCUGAAACAUACAAAACGUGACAUUACAUGCACCCUCUGUGUGUUGCCCAAAACUCAGCAUGACCUGAGCUCCUUUGUGGUGGACAUGUUGUUCCAGUCGGAAAGGAUGCUCUGCUUCUGUGUCAAUGGGGUGUUCAAGGAAGUGGAAGGAAGGUCUCAGGGUUCUGUGCGUGCCUUCACCCGGACCUUCAUCACUAUCCCUGCCAGCGAUUCCAGUCUAUGCAUCAUGAAUGAUGAGCUGUUUGUGAGGGAUGCCACCCCCAACACAACUCAGAGUGUGCAUUCCAUAGAAGUGCCUACACCCACCACCAGCUCCAUGACCACCCUCUCCCAGGAGCAGCAAGAAAUGGUGCAGGUUUUCUCCACCAAGUCUGGAAUGAGCCUCCAGUGGUCUCAGAAGUGUCUUCAUGAUAACCACUGGGACUACACUAGAGCUGUACAGGUGCUCGCUCUGUACAAGGCCAAGUACAAGAUCUCAGAGGAGGCCCUCCCACUGGCUGAUCCUGGAUCCUAAGAACACAGCCUCACCAAAAACCCCUUGGGUGUCAUCAUCUUCAUCCUCAUCAUCUUUGUUAUGUUUUUCCUCCAGUCUUACUAUAUUCCUGUUAUUGAGCCAGGAGGUCUGGUUGGAGCUAGUAAGUCAAUGCUUAAGUGACACUCAUCCACCCAAAGGGCUCGUUGUUUUAUGUAUCUGUCCCUUCCAGGAACCCUGAUUCUUUUCCUAAUAAAGAAUG